CUCCUUCUCUGCGUCCUCCAAAACCUCUCCUAUAAAUACCAUAACUCCUUCACUAGUCACCACAACAUCUCUCUUCUCUCUCUACACUCACUGCUCUGUUCUUAUUGUAACUCUCUUGUUCUGUUUCACUCCCACAUACUCUUCUGACCUUUCCCAUGGCAGUGUCUGGCUUUGAGGGAUUCGAGAAAAGACUCGAACUUAGAUUCUUCCACAACUCUAUAACCAAUAAAAACCCGAUGGGCCUCCGUUUAAUCGACUUCGAAUCACUAGACCAAGUCCUAACCGAAGUGCAGUGCACCGUGGUCUCCGCCGUAGCGAAUCAUAGCUUCGACGCUUACGUCCUCUCAGAGUCAAGCCUCUUCGUCUACCCAACCAAGAUCAUCAUCAAAACAUGCGGCACCACGCAACUCCUCAAAUCAAUCCGACCUUUGAUCCAUCUCGCGCGUAACGUAAACCUCACGUUACGCGCGUGCCGCUACUCGCGCGGAAGCUUCAUAUUCCCUAACUCGCAGCCUUUCCCUUACACUAACUUCGAAGACGAAGUCGUCAUCGUCGAAGAAAGCCUCCCGAACUCUCUCCGUCACCGUAAAUCCUCCGUCAUGACGCCGUCUAAUAAUAAGAAUAACACUUCACGUGCUUGGCACGUGUUCACCGCGAGCGCUGACGUGGAACCGGAAGAGUCUGUAGUUGUCGUGGAGGUAUGCAUGACUGAGCUUGACCGAGUCAACGCUCGUAGCUUCUUCAGACGUAAAGGCGGCUGCGAGGAGAAAAACAGCGAUUCAGCCGGGAGAGAGAUGACGCGGCUGAGCGGUAUCGAUACGAUAAACGCAAACGCGUUUAUAUGCGAUUUCGCGUUUGAUCCUUGCGGUUACUCGAUGAACGGAGUAGACGGUGAACGUUACUCGACGAUCCACGUCACGCCUGAAGACGGUUUUAGCUACGCGAGCUUCGAGUGCGGGUUGUCACUUUAUGACGGAGGUCACGGAGAUAUCUCGGAGGUGUUGACACGUGCCGUUGAUGUUUUCCGGCCGGGUUGUGUGUCCAUAGCCACCACUUACAACGGCGAGGAUUAUGAUCACGAGGUGACGAAGCGUGUGGAGAGGGUGUUGGCGAAGAAUCUCGGUUUAAAGUGUCGGAGCAGACUUAUGGAUGAGUUUCCUGGCUCCGGAGCUGUUGUUUUUCAGUCGUUCACGCCGCGGCGGAAAUAGUGUUUUAGGUUUUAAAUAGUUGGUGACGUGGAGGGAGAUGAUUGGUUGAAUUGGGUAAGGAAAGAUAUAAGUGGGAGCAUAUGAUCAUGCGCCCCACUUUGAAACUUGUGGCAAUGUCACGCCUAAGCAUUUUUUGAGGUUCUGUGUUUGUAGAAUUUUAGUGGGGGAUGGUAAAAAAAAAUGUUUGGUCUUUACUUCUUUGUUUCUUGUGUUUGUUUUUCUUUUUUUUUUUUAAAAUGAUCUUUAAAGUCUCUGCAUGAGACUCUUGAUAGUCAUUGUUAUCUUAUGGAUGCCAACUAAUUUAUUCAUCACGACGGCGAG